GUCAACAGGACUGACGUUCCUAUGCACACGUGCCGUGUGCAAACCCCUGGCUAUGACUAGGACGGUCACGACGCGAGAACAGCCAUUCGAAUCCAGUAUUAGUGCGGUGUAGAGUGCUUCUUCGGUGUUUUUUAAUCCGACGCCAGCCUCCUACCCGAGUUUUUUCCAAUUCUUUUCGUGGCUUCGACCCAUAUCGGUGUGCAAACAAAAUGCCUUUCAAACCAGUAGAACACCCCAAGUGUCCCAAAUGCGGCAAAUCCGUGUACGCCGCGGAAGAACGUGUCGCCGGAGGGCUCAAAUGGCACAAGAUGUGCUUCAAGUGUGGUCUUUGCGGCAAACUGCUCGACUCGACAAACUGCAGCGAGCACGAGGGCGAGCUUUUUUGCAAAGUGUGCCACGGUCGCAAGUUCGGCCCUAAAGGAUACGGCUUCGGCGGUGGCGCUGGUUGCCUGUCCAUGGAUCAGGGCGAGCACUUGAAGAGUAGCGAGGAGCUCGCGCGAGGAUCGAACGCCGUGAUGGAGCCACGCGCCAUUGCAAAGGCGCCCGAAGGAGAGGGAUGCCCCCGGUGCGGAGGAUACGUCUACGCCGCUGAGCAGAUGUUGGCGCGCGGAAGGCAAUGGCACAAGGAAUGUUUUAAAUGUGCCAACUGCACCAAGAGAUUAGAUUCCAUCAACUGCUGCGAAGGUCCUGACAAGGACAUUUACUGCAAAGUAUGCUACGGAAAGAGAUUCGGACCGAAGGGUUAUGGCUACGGCCAGGGCGGUGGCGCCCUACAAAGCGACUGCUACGCCAAUGGCGAUGCUGCUCCUCGCACCACCGUGGUCGACACCGCCGCGAUCAAGGCGCCACCUGGCAAGGGUUGCCCCCGUUGCGGUGGCGUUGUCUUCGCGGCCGAACAGGUCCUCGCCAAGGGCCGCGAGUGGCACAGGAAGUGCUACAAGUGUCGCGACUGCACCAAAACCUUGGACUCCAUCAUCGCGUGCGACGGACCCGACAAAGAUGUUUAUUGCAAAACUUGCUAUGGGAAGAAAUGGGGACCGCACGGAUACGGAUUCGCCUGUGGAUCAGGAUUCCUUCAGACCGAUGGCCUAACGGAAGAAGAAAUUUCGGCCAGUCGGCCAUUUUACAAUCCCGACACGACCUCUAUCAAGGCUCCAGCUGGCCAGGGUUGUCCCCGGUGCGGCGGCAUGGUGUUCGCCGCUGAACAACAGCUCGCCAAAGGCACCAUGUGGCACAAGAAGUGCUUCAACUGCGCCGAGUGCCAUCGACCGUUGGAUUCCAUGCUAGCCUGCGACGGACCCGACAAGGAGAUCCACUGCCGAUCAUGCUACAGUAAGCUCUUCGGACCCAAAGGAUUCGGAUUCGGACACACCCCGACUCUCGUCUCGACGAAUGGGGAUCAGGCUCCCUCAUACAUCGACGCAAAGCCCCAGGUCGGCCAGAAGCGAAACGACGGUCACGGGUGCGCGCGUUGCGGCUACCCGGUGUACGCCGCGGAGCAGAUGAUCUCGAAGAACCGUUUGUGGCACAAGCGUUGCUUCAGCUGCGGCGAGUGCCACCGUUCAUUGGACUCGACGAACCUGAACGACGCUCCCGACGGCGACAUCUACUGUCGCGGUUGCUACAAUCGAAAUUUCGGUCCGAAGGGUGUCGGGUUCGGCAUGGGCGCUGGCACCCUGACGAUGGCCUAACCUCUUUCGAACAGGCCAACGAGAUGCUCGAACCAGUCUUAUAUAUAUAUAUAAAUAUAAAUAUAAAUAUAAAUAUAAUUAUAUUUCAGAUGUAUACGCGCGUAUGAACGAACGCAAAGCCUGCGAACCGGUCGGUCCGCGACGGGCCGCCAUGUUUCUCGCGUCGAUUCGCUCAUUCGCGGGUAUAACGUAUAUGUAUAGGCGCCUGACUCCUCGACUAACUACGACCAGUGACGAACAAUACGCUGCUCCAAAAGAAAUAGCUAAAUUCAAUUCAAUUUUCGCAAACGACUGCGCACACCGAUUCGAUCGUAACGAAGACUGCGCGCACGUUUUAUUCGUGUCGUCGUGGGGUAAACCCGGCGGAUCCGCGGUGGCUCCGCCUAGACGACGUGGCGCGCGAACGAACCAAAACACACCGAUCACGAUUAUCGAACGUAUACAUGAACGAACGUAAAGCUUUUAUUACUUUUGUAUGGGGAGGUCACUGCCCGGGGCAUUCGUUGGCCCCGGGCACGCGAUGGACACGCGAUUCCUCUUCCGGGGGAUCCGGACUCUGGCUACUCCGUAGAGAGGAUCGUAGAGAACCUGGAUAAGUCGACCUGGUCGAGAAGGUUGGGACGAACUCUGGUAUUGCUCCUGUUGU